AUGGGAUUAAGUGCAAAUGUAACCGAAAAUCCGACAAUAAACUACAGUGAAGAUACUGAAGAUAAUAUGAAUUUUACAAAGGUGCCAUUAUGGACGGUGAAAUUCGAAGAGAAGUUAUUAAAUAUGUCAAUGGGUGAUAUACGAACCGUGGAGUACGAAAUUACAAAUAUAGAUCCUUUGUGGGGAGAGGAUUACGAAUUCCAUGUUGUUAACAUGGAUCAUCAUCUGCUAAGGCUUUCAAAUAAUAUUAUAAAGAUUGCAGCAGGACAAACAUCAUGGCGUGGGAAUUUCACUGUGGAAGCCAUACUUCUGGGACGCAGUGAAAUCUAUGUGGAAUUACAUCGCCUAUCCGGUGGUGUGGAUGAGAUAGAAACCUCCCUGGAAUCACUUGAUGUUAUGGUCUUACGCAGCAUUGGUACCAUGGACAUUGUCUUCCAAGUGUUGGUGGGCUGUUUUGUUAUGGUGUUAUAUGUGAAUUUUGGCGCUGUCCUGGAAUUAGAUGCCCUUAAGCGUAUCCUAGUGAAACCCAUUGGACCUGCCAUCGGCUUUGUUGGCCAAUUUAUGGUUAUGCCAAUUUUAAGUUUCCUGAUUGGUUACUAUUUGUUUCACGAUAUGAUUGAACUGCGAUUGGGACUGUUUUUUACCGGUUCAACACCUGGUGGCGGAGCUUCGAAUAUUUUCACGGUGAUACUGAAUGGAAAUCUGAAUUUGUCCAUAACCAUGACAGCUAUUAGUAAUUUGGCCGCAUUUGGUAUGAUGCCAAUAUGGAUAUUCACAUUGGGUGCUUUGAUAUUUAAGGAUGGUCAUUUGGCGGUACCCUAUAAAACGAUUGCAGCAAUGUCAUUUUCGUUGGUUCUACCAUUGGCUAUUGGUUUGGCAUUGCAAAAAUAUGCUCCCACGGUGGCUAAGAAAAUGUCCAAAAUAACAAAACCCUUUGCAAUUAUGUUUAUUAUUGUCAUUACGGGAUUUGCAUUUACCACAAAUUCUUAUAUGUUCAAGCUGUUCUCGUGGAAGAUUCUUGUUGCCAGUAGUGCCCUACCCUGGAUUGGCUAUUUAAUCGGUUAUUUAAUGGCCAUUGUUUGUCGCCAAUCGCCACGUGAUGCUCUGACCAUUGCCAUUGAGACGGGUAUACAAAAUACCGGUAUUGCCAUCUUCAUGUUGAAUUUCACGCUGCCACAACCCCAGGCGGAUAUGACAAGUGCAGUGCCGGUGGCUAAUUCAAUGAUGACACCUUUACCACUGAUCCUCAUCUAUUUGAUAAGGAAAAUCUUUUGCCGUACCAGUAUCGAAGAGGUGGAAGAGGCGCCAACCAAAGAAGCUAAAAUAAUCGAAGUUGAAGCGAUCAUGGAAAAGGGUGAACAUCAACAAAAAUUUGGACGAAAAUAG